GAAAACAGAUGAGAUAAUCCCUCCAUGGAUCUCCCCGGGUCGGCAUCUGCUGUCAUCGCCCUGGCCGGUGGCUCCUCCUCCUCUGCCUCCGGGUCUACCUUUCAGUCGCCGACCAGCUCGACAGGGACGGGCUUCGGAACCGCCUCGCAGUCGUCGCUUACCUCGACCGGCCUGACCGAGACCUCCACCGCCAGCAGCAGCGGCAACAGCAGCGGCAACAGCAGCAGCCUGCCCGCAUACCCGCUUGUGCGCCUCAAUGACCGCGACUACCUGCGCGACCAGGACGGGCAGCAGCAGUACCCGCUGCCCUGCGACCUGCCGGAGAUGCACCGGCAGAUCCUGCGCUCGCUGAUGCUGCUGCGCGUCUUCGGCGCCCCCUUUUGCAGUCCACACCUGGCCGACCACCCUCCGCGGCGCGUGCUCGAGAUCGCCUGCGGCUCCGGCGUCUGGUCGGGCCUGUGUCACGACUACUUUGCCCGCCGGGGCCACGCCAACAUCCAGUUCACGGGGAUCGACCUGGUGGCCGCGGCGCCCGAUCUGCGCAAGCGGGGUGUCCACUGGCAGUUCAAACGUCACGACCUGCGCAAGGCCCGCCUACCAUUUCCAGACGGCUACUUUGACUUUGUCUUCAUCAAGGACACGGGCGCCAUCCCCUCCAGCCCGGCGCAACAGGCGUACGGACUGUGUGAACCCCUACGCGUCUUGCAACCGGGGGGAACCCUCGAGGUCUGGGACUCGGAUUGGGUUUUCCGCUCGCUGCUCCCCAACCCGGCGCCCGCGCAUUCCUGGACGGCUUCGCGCGAGCAGGAGAUCGCCGACGCAACCGCCACGUACACCUUCACGGCCGCAACCCCGUUCACGCACGCGCAGAACCCGUACCUGCGAGACUACAACACCUGGGUUGAGCGGGCGUUUGAUCGGCGCAAACUCAGCGCCCUGCCCUGCGCUACCAUCGGGCUUUCUUUUACCGCCGAGGUGGACACCUUUGAGCGUGUCGAGAACCGUCGCAUCGCCAUUCCUCUAAGUGAGAUGCGUUGGGAGCGUGAUCAACAACCACAACCACAACCACAACAAUCACAACAAUCACAACAGUCGACAGCACGUCCAAAACCUCCCCCGCUGAGUCUAACACCCGAACAAAUCGCCAUCCGACGCACCGCUCUCCUCACCGUCCUCCAGAUGAUCGAGGGCUUAGAACCCAUGCUCAUGCAGGCCAGCGGCAAGAGCCGCGACGAGUGGGACCGGUGGUGGGCGGCGAUGACGACCGAUCUGCUGUAUCGCGGUGGGUUGGCGGGGGGGGAAUGUUUGGAAGUGAGUGCCUGGUGGGGAAGAAAAUCAUCCGUCUAGUUUUGGCUAGUUAUACCCAGUUGUUAAAUAAUUCUAUUGACCAUAUCGUUUCC